UCGGGGAUAUCUCACCCGAUAGCAAAACGAUGCUACUAUUACACUUUCACCAAGGUUCGGUACGUUCGCCGCAGCGGUGAUACAAACAACGACAACUUUCUCAGUUGGUGACAUUUUUAUUCGCUUUUGAAAGGAGAUUCAGAGAAAAGACGAAGCCACCCCUUCUCAUUAACUGCGGCAGAAGAGCCCAGAUUGAGAGAAGUCUAUGAGUGUGGGUGUGGGCCUGAGCGUGGGAAGGCUUACAUGUACAAAAUCCGAACCGUGAAUCCCUUAAAGACGUCGUGUCAGUGACCGGCCAUCAAAAACGGAACGUAAUUCGCGUAUUAACGUAGUGAAUUUAUGAUACGCAAGGCAACAUUUUCUUAGUAUUCCUGCAUACGGACAUUGUAAGAGGGAACAAGCUGCGCUGACACUUUUUGAGUGCGGCUGAAAGUCGGUCAGUGUCAGCCGUGAUAUGACCUGUCGCCACUUGGCGAUGUGGCGGAGGCCGACGGUGGUGUAAAUUGUGAGUGUUGAAGCGCGCGCGUGUUCGAAGACACGUUAUGUCAUCAAGGACAAGUUAAGCAGGACACGUUAUGUGAUUAGUAACCUCAACGAGUCAGUGCUAGGUGGCCGUUUCUGGGUUCGCGAUUUUUCACGCUAUGCGCGCAGUGUGCAGUUAUCUUCAAAGCAGUUUGUGUGUAUGUGAGGCAAGUGAACGACGUAUAUUCUUUGUAUUCUUUCACUGAUCUACUUAUAACUAUCACUGAAAGAAAAGACAUCAGAGUAUCAGAACCAGCUUCAACCAGGAUAACAAUAACAUUAUGUAUCAACAUGUGUCUUCAGUAAGUCGACAACGAACAAGGCGUUUGACCCACACCCAGUGCAGGUGAUAUACUAUCAUUUUUCGAUAGACGCCCUAGAAUUCAUCCGCCUGUCUGAAUUGACGAGCAACCCAUAUAUGUUUCAUCUUCUCAACAAACUCAGAGGAUCAGCUGAGCUUCGACCGACCCGCCUCGACACCCACGUCGAUAACAGGCCGUAAUAUCUCGGAAGCUGUAAGCCGCUGCUGGUGUUGAGCAGGCAGAUCGGGUUGGCUUUAGAGGCCUCGUCUUGGCUUAGUUUUGCAUAUGUCCAUAUCCAGAUUCACGCAUCGGUCACACCCAGUAAUCUAGAUCCACGCGACUGAUUUCUGUUCGGAAAUCUUUUGCCGCAAAGAUGUUGUUUCACGUGGACGCGCCCCAUCCACAUCAGCUGAAGCUGUCACAGGAUCAGUAUCAGCCACAGUCUUUCGCCAUGCCCUCAAUGUAUCCACACCCUCUACGGCGAGAAGACGCUAGCUGCUACGAAUCCUCAUUCUUCCCUGUCGAUCAGGUGGGCGUCGGCGGGGGCGGCGGCACGAAUCUUGGCGGGGGUGUGGGCUCCCACCGGGGGAUGUCUGGUCUUGAUCGAGACUAUCGACCGACGCCGACCGAAGCGACGACGUUCGAGUACGAAUCGCCAUCGAGCGGUGCGUUCAUGCGCUAUACCCCACAUAGUCCAUCGGGGUCGUCCUGCUCGGCGACAUCACCGUCGAGCGGAACGGGCAAAAGUGAAUACGCCUGCAUGUGGGUCGAGCCCGAAACGGCCACGUUCAACCCGGGCUACCCGCUCAGCAGUGUAUCAUCCUCUAGUCAACGAAGUGCGAGUGGCGCGGGCGGAACUCGCGGUCCCUGCGGGAAGACAUUCCUCUCGAUGCCCGAGAUAGUCAAUCACCUGACCGUCGAUCACGUGGGCGGUCCCGAGUGCACGAACCAUACCUGCUACUGGGAAGACUGUCCACGAAACGGGAAGCCAUUUAAGGCCAAAUACAAACUGGUCAAUCAUAUUCGAGUACACACUGGCGAGAAACCAUUUCCCUGCAUGUUCCCCGGCUGCGGCAAGGUGUUCGCGCGAAGCGAGAACUUAAAGAUUCAUAAACGGACGCAUACGGGCGAGAAACCGUUCAAGUGCGAGUUCGACGGCUGUGACAGACGUUUCGCCAACUCGUCGGACCGCAAAAAGCACUCGCACGUCCAUACGUCCGACAAACCGUACAACUGCUGCGUUCGCGGCUGCGACAAGAGCUACACGCACCCCAGUUCGCUGCGCAAGCAUAUGAAGGUGCACUGCGGCAGUGGCAGCGUCGCUGUCGGCAGUAGCGGAACCCCUCCAUUGAGUCCGGGGGGGUCUGACUACUCAGGUCCGACAUCGGAUACGGCGUUCCCGACGCCGGUUGUUGGCGGUCUCACGUUGCCAAUAACUUUAUCCGAACGUGACCGAGAGCUGCAGGCUGGACAGGCGCACCUUAGCAGUGGGCGCAGCGCGACCGGGGUUCCGUCGGGGGCGUCCUUAAGUGGAGCGCCCCCGAGCGUGUCUUCUCUUCCGCAGCUGCAGCAGGGACUGACUGGUCAGGGUGGUCUCAGCUUAGCUGGGCAGGGUGGCGGCAGUGGUGGCAGCGGCGGCACCAACGCUAACAGUGGACCAGGAGUUCACCCUGGGGGUGGCGUACCCCCUCCUCCUAGCAGUGCAAGUGGCCUCAUUGGGGCCUCGCAUGGUCUAGCGACGUCCGGAGGGCUCAGCCAAACCGGCCUAAGUCAUGGGACCUUAGGCGUCGGAAUGGGUGUCGGUGUGGGAGUCCCCAACGUGCCUAAUCCCUUACGGCCACCACCGCCUACCGGCCUUAAUCAGCUGAACAACCUGAACAACUUGAACAAUCUCCCGAACCUGAACCUCCUGCCGUCAGCCGGGAACGCGAAUGGCCUCAUGUCACCAGGUCUCCCGCUAUCGUCCGGUAUCUCUACCCAUCAUCACCAUCACCACCAUCAUUUGCCACCUUCGAAUUAUAACGAUUGGUAUCAUCCGCAGCAAUGUACCAACCCGCCACAAACCAUCCUGCAUCCGCACCAAGCAUUGCAGUUUCAUCAUCAGCUAGCACCACCCACGGCCUAUUAGUUGGAUAGGAUACACCAUACACAUGUGCUUACCAUAUUGACUGACAGCCUAAAGCGUACAGCCAGCCAGACAAAGAUAGAAGCGGAUGAGAUUGUGUAUUUGUGCGCGUGCGCAUGCAUGCAUGUGUGUUAGUGUGUGUGCACGCGCGAACGAGAGAAAGAAUUUAAAUAUAUAUACGCGCAAAGUCGAAAUAAGUGGAAACGAAAAUAUGGGACAGCGGCUACGAGACCUAUAGAACUCUAGAUAUGACACAGCAAAGACGUACGAAAUUAUAGCAUUGAUAGAAUUAUGGCUCCGAUUAAACAAAACACCAGUGGUGCUAGAGAUGUGGCGAUAAAAUAGAGAAAACGUCAGUGAGCUAGCGGCGAUAAUAGUAGUCCUACCGAAAGAUACACAAGGCCGGUGGGUGGCACAUCAGCAAACGGCGAUGGAUGACAAGGAAAGGUUGUAGCGGAUUGCGUAAGACAACCUACUUGGAACGGUAAAGAAAAUUAUAGGAAAGAGCGAAUCGAAUAGGGUAGAUAAAUACGAAUAGGAACAAGACAAAAGCAGAAACAACCAAGGCGGUCACACGAAGUUCUUGAUUAUGUAAAUUGUGACCAGUUCUCGGGUUGUUAAUUCUUGAAAUGGAAACCUCUUCAACGGAAGGAGACCUUCGUCGAUAUAAUGAAGUUGGCAGAUAUAUGACGCAGAUCAUGCAUGGCGUGUGAUGCCGUCUGAGAAGUAGGUCAACGGUAGCGAGAGAGUUUGGCUGAUCCAUACAUAGAGAGCAUUUACUAUUGAAACAGAGCGAUUCAAAAUGAAAACAGGAAGCAGCAACGGCAAGUAAAGCAAAGAGGAUUGGUGAUGAACAAAAGAAGGCUGCGACGACUGAA